GGGAGGGGGAGGGUGGAAGGAAGGACAUAAAGAAAGGAAGAGAGAGAAAACCAAGGGUCAUCUCUUCUUUCAUUCCAUUUCAAGCGUCCAUAGAAGGGGAGAAGAACCACAAACAAUCCUUCUUGCUUCUCUUGAAUUCCUCAGACAAAUCUAUCGCUUCCUGUAGAUAUCAGAAUAUGGAGAUGGAUUUCCCACGGAUAGUACCACUUUUGGUUUUCCUUUUCUUUACUUAUCAUUCCUUGUAAUUUCAUGUGCAAGUAAUAGAAGAAGAAGAAGAAGAAGAAGAAGAAGAAGAAGAAGAAGAAGAAGAAGGAAUAAGAUGGAUCCAGUGGCAGCAGGCCAUUCACUUCCUCCUCCCUUCCACAGCAGAGGUUUCCACUCCCACCAUCAUCUACAACUGCAACAGCACCUUCAGCAGCAGCAGGAACAACAACAGCAACUGCAGCAGCAGCAGCAGCAGCAGAAUUCAGAAGACGAGCAAAGCGGCAGCAGCGGAUUAAACAGAGGGAAGAAGAGAGAGAGAGAAUCGAACAGCGAUGGGGGAGGGCAAAGCAAGGAAUUGGCUGAAGGGGAGAUCACAAGGCGGCCGAGAGGCCGUCCGGCGGGUUCUAAGAACAAGCCGAAACCCCCCAUCAUCAUCACCCGCGACAGCGCCAACGCCCUUCGAUCCCACGUCAUGGAGAUCGCCAGCGGCUGCGACGUCGGCGAAAGCGUUGCCACCUUCGCCAGGCGGCGCCAACGCGGUGUCUGCAUCCUCAGCGGCAGCGGCACCGUCGCCAACGUGACUCUCCGGCAGCCCGCCGCCCCCGGUGCAGUCGUCACCCUUCAUGGCCGCUUCGAGAUCCUCUCUCUCUCCGGCUCCUUCCUCCCUCCUCCUGCCCCUCCCGCGGCCACCGGCCUCACCAUCUACCUCGCCGGUGGCCAGGGACAGGUCGUCGGUGGGAGCGUCGUCGGGGCUCUCCUCGCCUCCGGGCCUGUGGUGAUCAUGGCCGCUUCGUUCGGUAACGCUGCCUACGAACGCCUCCCCCUUGACGACGAGGAGCCGCUCCAAAUCCAGGCUCCCGGCAGCUCCACUGGCGGUGGUUCCUCCGGUCUGGGUUCGCCGCCCGGCAUCGGAUCUGAGCAGCAACAGCAGCAACAACAGCAGCAGCAACAGCAGCAACAGCAGCAACACCAACUCUUACCAGAUCCGAACACGCCACUGUUCCAUAGCCUGCCGCCUAACCUUCUCAAUAGUUGUCAAUUACCUCCCGAUGUUUAUGCCUGGGCUAGCGCUCGACCCCCGUAUUGACCUUCUUUUCUCAUCUCUCUCUCUCUUUCUAACCCUUUUCUCCCAGGUUCCUUCCCUUUUCUUCUCUUUUUUUCCCUUUCUACCUUUGUUGGUCCUUGGUUAAUUUUCAAGCCAGAUAGGUUGCUGGAGGUGGAUGUGUGUGUAUGGAUGAAAAUGGUGAUGAGAAAUGAUCAGUUCUAGUUUUGAA